ACGUUGACGAGUGCCAGGUCCACAACGGGGGCUGCCAGCACCGGUGCGUGAACACCCUGGGCUCUUACUACUGCGAGUGCAAGCCUGGCUUUCGGCUGCACGCGGACGGCCCCUGCCUCGCCGUGCCCUCCUGCGCCCUCAACAACGGCGGCUGCGAGCACGACUGCGUGCAGGUGACGCUGGCACAGCACCGCUGCCAGUGCCGCCACAACCACCAGCUGCGGGAGGACGGCAAGAGCUGCGUCCUGAGGAACCCCUGCGCUGACAGGAAUGGGGGCUGCAUGCACCGCUGCCACAACCACCGAGGGACGGCGCGCUGUGACUGCCACCCCGGCUACCGGCUGGCGGCCGACAACAGGGCCUGCGAAGACGUGAACGAAUGCCUGACGGGAGCAGCCCUGUGCGCUCACCAGUGCCUGAACACGCGCGGCUCCUUCAAGUGCACUUGCAACCCGGGCUACGAGCUGGGGGCGGACGGCAAGCGAUGCUACCGGAUAGAAAUGGAGAUCGUCAACAGCUGCGAGGCCAACAACGGUGGCUGCUCCCACAGCUGCCACCACACCAGCUCCGGCCCGGUCUGUACCUGUAAUUUCGGCUAUCGGCUCGAGCAGGACCGGAAGACGUGCACUGACAUCAACGAGUGCGACAGCGGCUCCCACUGCUGCCAGCAGGACUGCUACGAUUACCCCGGCGGCUACGAGUGCGCCUGCUACGCUGGCUACCGGCUCAGCGCCGACGGCUGCGGCUGCGAUGAUGUGGACGAGUGCUCGUCAAACAACGGCGGGUGCGAGCACACGUGCCUGAACCAAAUGGGCUCCUUCCAGUGCGGCUGCGAGCUGGGACACAAACUGGACGAGGACCAGAGGAGCUGCAUCCCCAUAGAGGACCUCGUGGAAGCUCUGGACGGCCAGCGCCCCAUGAUCCGCCCCAUCCCUCACGUCGCGAUCCUGCGGGAUGAGUUCACCCAGCUCUUCAACGACGACUACGAAGAGGAGGAGGAAGGGAUGGAAGCGAGGGGAGAGCACACGCUCUCAGAAAAAUUCGUCUGCCUGGAGCGCACCUUCGGCCCCGACUGCAGCCUGACCUGCCAGGACUGCCAAAACGGGGCUGUGUGCAAUGCCGAGGAGUCUGGCUGUGACUGCCCGGCCGGCUGGACCGGCGUCCUCUGCAACCAGACUUGUCCGGCCGGCACCUUUGGGAGGAACUGCAGCCAGCUCUGCCAAUGCCAGAACGGCGGCACCUGCGACCCCGCCACCGGUGCCUGCCGCUGCCCGCCCGGUGUGGCUGGAGAGCUCUGCCAGGACGGGUGCCCUAAAGGGUUUUUUGGGAGACAGUGCAGGAAGAAGUGCAACUGCGCCAACCGGGGCCGUUGCCAUCGGAUUUACGGAGCCUGCCUGUGCGACCCUGGCUUGUACGGACGGUACUGCCAUUUAGCUUGCCCCAAGUGGGCAUUCGGCCCCGGCUGCUCCGAGGAGUGCCAGUGCGUGCAGCACAACACCCAGGACUGCGACAAGAGGGACGGCUCCUGCCGCUGCAAACCCGGCUACCGCGGCAAGCGCUGCGAGAGCGGCUGUGACCCUGGCUAUUACGGGGAUGGCUGCAAGAGGAAGUGUAGCUGCUCUGCAGAGGCGUCGUGCGACCACGUCACGGGCGAGUGCAGGAAGGAAUGUCCCCAGGGCUACCACGGGCAGGACUGCGACCAGGCACCCGGCUUCACCGGCCACCGCUGCCAGGACGUGUGUCCCCCGGGCUGGUUGGGCCUUGGCUGCCAGCAGAGCUGCAGCUGCAGCAACGAGGGACAUUGCCAUCCAGUGAUGGGGACCUGCAGCUGCGCGCCCGGCUGGACGGGGUACAACUGCCAGAGAGCCUGCGACGCCGGGCGCUGGGGUCCCGACUGCACCCACGCCUGCAACUGCAGCAACGGGGACGGGAGCUGCAACGCGGAGACGGGGCAGUGCAUCUGCGAGGCUGGGUACACCGGCCCCCGCUGCGACCAGA